AUGGUGAAGUCCUUCUCAAGGGCUUUCUUCCUCUGGAUCUUUCUACCUCUGAUGAUAGUCGCCUUGGUCGCCCAGCAGGUCGAUUCUAAGGGUCACCACCAAGGUCAUUAUCAGGCGCAUCACCCUAAAUGUCAUCAUGUUCACAAAAAAUCGGUGCAUUCGCAGGCCAUACGGAACAAGAGAUCCGAGCUGUCAACCAUCCAGCCCUUCAGUAAUUUUUUCGUUAAUAAAUCUGUGGCAAAAUCAAGCUACGAAAAAUCUCUAACAGACUUGGAGAAAUUAUUCGGGCCAAUUCCCGAGGAGCUUUAUGACCAUAUUCGGGUGAAGCGGAAUAAUUUUAACAAUGUGAACCAUCUAGCAUCCGGAGGAUCAUCAGCUUCUUCGGAGUAUUUGAAGAAAUUGGCAGAUUCUUUUGCCGGGCCGGCUGAAGUUGAAAGUGAUGAAGACAACUUGGAUGAGCAGUUGAAGAACGACAAACAGGUAGAGGAUGUGAGAAAAAAACGAGAGGUAGAUGAAGAAGAAAUUAUCAAUUUUUUCCCGGAAAACUCGCCAGUGGUUAAUUUGAUCCGUACAAAGCGCUUUGGAGAUCCGGAUAAGAGACUUUACUUGAAGAGGAACCGAAGAAAUAAACUUGAAAAGAAUAUUAGUAACAAAAGUAAUAAAGCGGCGAGAUUGAAACGCAAGAGUAAAGUUAAGAGCAAUAUUAAUUCAAAAGUUAAGAAAAGUAUCAAAAGAAAAAAUAAUAAACCUAAAUUAAAGUUAAAACGGUGCUCGAAAAAUCAUAAAAAUAAGAAGAAACAUGAUGAAGAUAAAGCGAGAGUUAAGAGACGUCCUGAAGAGUCCGGGGCCAGACCUUUGUCGUCGCUUGAAGAAAUAAGAGGCCUUGCUGCGAAUCUUGUUUCAAAGGUCGAUGAGCUCGAAGGAUCGAUUAAGAUUAAUCGACGAUCGGGUAGGAAUCCUCAUGGGUAUGCAUCCGGAAUCAGCAAUUCAAAGUACCACCGUAUUCUAGGAGCCAGACACUCAGCUAGUAAUUUGAGUGAUUCACCCGGCAAGUUUAAAAUCCGCCCGAUCCACAGAAGGAGGAAGAAGAAAAACAGACGGAAGAUGAGGCGUAUGAAUAGGAAUAGAAAGAAAUUCAAGUGCAAAAAACGGGGAAUGGAAAAUAAAAAAUGGGCGCGCUGGACUGAUUGGAGUAGCUGCUCAGUCACUUGCGGUAAGGGACGGCAAAUACGCUGGCGUCAUUGUAGACGUAAUUGCAAAAAUGCUGAAACGGAAAUGGAGGAAAAAACUUGUCAAUUACCAGCUUGUGCACCUGAUAGAUUAUUCGGUAUAUUCUAA